GUCUCCGGGACUUAAGCAAGGUUGGUGCCUGGGUAGAAUUGGAAUUAGCGAAAGGUUUUCGUAGACGGUAGGACGACUUUUCCAGCAAACAAGAUUCUCCUCGAUACUAGACACUCCACCAAUAAGCUAUUGCAUGCUAUCUCACGCAUCUACAAUGUAUAAUUGUAUACGGAGUUGACGUCCUCACAGUCUAUAGAACAGCACGUGUUAAAGCGGGCCCGCUUACCUCAUCAAAGUGGGCUGCAGGUGACCCGAUUUACCUAAAUCAUUGAAUAUCGAAUCCUCAAUUUCUCCCAAACUGCGUGGGCAGUCAUCCCACUUCGGUCCUUCUGUCCUGUACUCUCACCUUCACGACGUGACGACCCUGACGAAUCUCUUUGCGUCCUUCCUUUAAGCUCGAAAGUUCAGCCCAGCUCGGGUCUUUUACGUUGGAACAAGGCACUGUCACGCGCUUCUUGAGUGCCUACGACAUCUAACAUUACUCUUUACUCUUCCCAUAUACUCGGAGGGAAUUACUCUUCUCACAUUUUACAAUGGCUACCGAUAUCCCCAAGGUCGUCCCGUUGACCUGUCACGGGCACUCUCGUCCCGUCACGCAUUUGAGCUUUUCCUCGAACCUCGAGGACGAGCAGUAUUAUUUAAUCUCUGCAUGCAAAGAUAACAACCCUAUGCUCCGUGAUGGAAUCACUGGUGACUGGAUCGGCACAUUUCUCGGUCACAAGGGAGCAGUCUGGCAAGCCCGGCUAUCUGCAGACGCAGCCAUAUCCGCAACCGCCGCGGCUGAUUUCUCAGCGAAGGUUUGGGAUACAUACACAGGGGAAUGCCUGCACACGUUGCAACACGCACACAUUGUCCGAGCAAUUGCCUUCCCCAUCCAAACAAACCCCCAAGUUCUCGCAACAGGAGGCGCAGAGAAGAAGUUGCGCAUCUUCGACCUAACUCGCGGCGGCUCUGCUACUCCCGGCGGAGGCGGCAGCAACGGAUCAUCUCCGGCUCUCCCAACACCCAGCAGCGGCGGAAGUGGAGGAGAAGCCAACACAGAUACAGUGACGAGCUAUGAAAUCGGACCUGGUGUGCACGGUGGCACGAUUAAGUCUAUCGUCUGGAAUCAGGAUUACAAUAUUGUCACCACCGCGGCUGAGGACCGGAAGAUUCGAUGGUGGGAUUUGCGGUCUCGGCAUCCUGUGCUGGAGUAUGCGGUUGAGGGUGCUAUUGGGUCUUGUGAGCUGAAUAGUCUUGCUACUCGACCUAAUGAUUCCGGAAUCUUGACUGUUGCCGCGGGCAAGAGUGUGUAUCUGUUUGAUGGGCUGCAGCCUGGUCGACUUUUGAAACAGAUUGAUUUUGGAUACGAGGUUGCCAGUGCCGCAGUCAACAGUGAGUCUGGGCGCUUGGUCACAGGUAGUGCGAACGAUACCUGGGCCCGGGUCUACGAUUUGAACACAAAUGAAGAGUUAGAGGUUCAAAAGGGUCACCAUGGACCUAUUUGGUCCAUCAGCUUCUCUCCUGAUGGCAAGCUCUACGGCACUGGUAGUGAAGAUGGAACCAUCAAGCUGUGGAAGGCUUGCCGUGAGCCAUACGGCUUAUGGCGGUGAAGUGGAAUUCAAGUUUAGAUUUGAGAAUUCCGCUAUGUACAGCAAAAGGUUCGAAUGGGGUUUCCGUCUGCUAUGCAGCGUAUCUUAUAAUGUGACCCUAGGGUGUUCCAA